UUAUCAUACUAUUAGUACUUUUCAGAUUUGUUUUUGUGAACACUGAAGAAAGAUUUAUGGCUUGUGUUGCGAACACACUAUGCUUCGUUGCAGCUUUACUUCUAAUCUACCAGAAGACAGCUACUUGCGGUUUCCUAUCUCCUAUUUUUGAUAAUAUAUGCAAGGCAGUGGUAUGUGGGAAAGGGAAAUGCAAAGCAUCUUCAAACGGAACUUUUAAGUAUGAAUGUGAGUGUGAUAAUGGUUGGAAGCAAUUUGAUCAUAAUCUCAAGUUUCUUCCUUGCGUCAUCCCCAACUGUACCUUUGAUCUAAGUUGCGGUGAGGCAGGACCUCCAGCACAGCCCCCAACGCCUCCCAAAGACAACAAUGCUUCAUUUUUCGAUGUUUGUCACUGGAUGAAUUGUGGAGAAGGGAUUUGCAAAAAGAAAAAUCUGUUUUUGUACAGCUGUGAAUGCCGUGAAGGUUACAGCAAUUUUAUGAAUAUCGCCACAUCGCCUUGCUUUAAGCAAUGUGCACUUGGACAGGACUGCUUGAACCCUGGGACCCCUUCGAACUCAUCAUCGAACGCAUCAUCGUCAUCUCCACCUGCUCUACCUGACGGCAGCAAGAGCCAAGCAACAGGACCAAAUCUAAGAGGAUCGUCAUUGUGGUUGAUAUCAUCUAUGAUAUGUGUCUCUCUAGCACCAUGGAGGCUGCUCUGUAUCUGAACUCUUUUACUUUAGAAUUCAAAUUUUGUAUACAAGUCGAUUCCUUUUGAAUUUGAU